UCAGGGGGAACUCAGGCGAUUGGAGUCUCUGGGAUUGAUUAAGCAGCCUUGAAAUUGCAUCUCAGCAGAGCAGACCUCGUAAGCAACUUGUACAGCUUGCAGCCUUUUCAUAUUUCAACGUUGAAAAAAAACUAUGUCCGAGGAAACUGAAGUAACGACAACGUUGGAAGAACAACAGGAAAUGGAUGAUACGGUUGCGAGUCCUGAGAAAGCAGAAGAGGCCAAAUUAAAAGCCAGGUACGCCGGCCUGGGAGUCAAACCUGGGGGAUCGGAUUUCCUGAGAAAAAGACUUCAGAAGGGGCCAAAGUAUUUUGAUUCUGGUGACUACAACAUGGCUAAAGCCAAAAUGAAGAAUAAACAGUUGGCGUCAUCCCUGUCAGAGAAGGCCGAGAUCACCGGCGGACACAUUCCAACGCCUCAAGACCUCCCUCAGCGAAAAACUUCCAUUGUGACAAGCAAACUGGCGGGCUGACCAGUUUACCCUUUUCACCUUUCUGGGUCCGGCACCAAGUUAAACCCGACUACCUUCUGCUGUGUUUUCACCUCUGCGUGUAUUCUUUUCCACCACUUUUGAAAGUUGAUUGUUUUAAUCAAUUUAAUGGCGAAGACUUGAAACAUGGACUCGACCUCAUCAUGACCUUUAAACUUGCCUUAAUUGAAGCAAACAGUUUUUCUUGAGCAAUAUCUGCAAUCCCAAAGUCUUAUUUGUUAAUCUUGUCGCUGUUCAGCUUGAAUUGUUUAGGAUUUUAUAGGAGAAAACUCCAACUCUGUGUCUGGGGUGUGCAUGUGGAGUCAGAAUGUGCCAUUUGUUUUGUAAAUAAAUACUUUUUGCAUAAUA